CGACGACGACGACGAGGAGGAGGAGGCGGAGGAGGAGGAAGAGGAGGCCGACCAACAAGAUGGCCCCUGCUGCAGGAGCAGCCUCAGCAGCAGCAGGUGGGGGGCUGGAGGCGGCGCUGGCGGUGGCGGCGACGGCCGUGGCCCGGCGGCCUGGGACAGAGUCAGAGUCGAUGGUGGCGGCGGCGGCGGCGGCUGCCGCGACGGUGGCGACGGCCGCAGGGACUCGGAGCUGAGAGGAGCUGCUGCUCGGACCAGCGCGGUUAUAUUUCACACUAUGUGCUGACUGUAUCUACAGAAGAUAUUUAAAAAAAAGAUAAACAUUUUUCAAAGAUUUUGAUUCCAGUGGAAUCUUUGCUUUAGAAUUUUUUUGUGUGUGUUUGUGUGUUGGUGAAUUGUAACUCCAGAAGCAAUGCCUGUACAAGCUCCACAAUGGACGGAUUUCCUCUCCUGCCCAAUUUGCACUCAGACUUUCGACGAAACAAUUCGAAAGCCCAUCAGUUUGGGCUGUGGCCAUACUGUAUGCAAGAUGUGCCUGAAUAAACUCCACCGUAAGGCUUGUCCAUUUGACCAGACCACUAUAAAUACAGACAUUGAGCUCCUUCCUGUGAACUCUGCGUUGCUGCAGCUAGUGGGUGCUCAGGUCCCUGAGCAACAGCCCAUUACUUUGUGUAGUGGGGUUGAAGACACCAAGCAUUAUGAAGAAGCUAAGAAAUGUGUAGAAGAAUUAGCAUUGUAUCUGAAACCACUCAGCAGUGCUAGAGGAGUUGGUCUGAAUAGCACUACUCAGAGUGUCUUGAGUCGCCCAAUGCAGAGGAAGCUUGUAACUCUGGUCCACUGCCAACUAGUUGAAGAAGAAGGCAGGAUUCGUGCCAUGAGGGCUGCUCGGUCUUUAGGUGAACGAACUGUUACAGAGCUCAUUCUCCAGCACCAGAAUCCUCAACAGCUUUCUUCCAACCUCUGGGCAGCAGUCAGGGCUAGGGGCUGCCAGUUCCUGGGACCAGCAAUGCAGGAGGAAGCUCUAAAGCUGGUUUUGCUGGCCUUGGAAGAUGGUUCUGCUUUGUCACGAAAAGUAUUGGUUCUCUUUGUGGUACAGAGAUUAGAGCCACGUUUUCCUCAAGCCUCCAAAACUAGCAUUGGACAUGUUGUUCAGCUCCUUUAUAGAGCCUCCUGUUUCAAGGUGACCAAACGUGAUGAAGACUCUUCUCUGAUGCAGCUGAAAGAAGAAUUUAGAACAUAUGAAGCCCUGCGGCGAGAGCAUGACUCCCAGAUAGUACAGAUUGCUAUGGAAGCAGGCUUAAGAAUUGCUCCAGACCAAUGGUCCUCUUUACUCUAUGGAGACCAAUCUCACAAAUCUCACAUGCAGUCCAUUAUUGACAAGUUGCAGACUCCAGCCUCUUUUGCACAGAGUGUUCAGGAACUAACAAUUGCUCUCCAGCGAACUGGAGACCCAGCAAACUUGAAUCGACUAAGACCUCAUUUGGAACUACUAGCAAAUAUUGACCCCAGUCCAGAUGCCCCUUCUCCUACAUGGGAACAACUGGAAAAUGGGUUGGUUGCUGUGCGCACAGUGGUACAUGGGCUGGUUGAUUAUAUCCAGAACCAUAGCAAAAAAGGAGCAGAUCAACAGCAGCCUCCACAGCAUAGCAAAUAUAAAACAUACAUGUGUCGAGAUAUGAAGCAGAGGGGAGGAUGUCCUCGUGGAGCCAGCUGCACAUUUGCACACUCUCAAGAGGAACUGGAAAAGUUUCGUAAAAUGAACAAACGCCUGGUUCCCCGAAGACCCCUUAGUGCCUCUUUGGGUCAGCUUAAUGAAGUGGGACUUCCUUCACCAGCUAUCCUUCCAGAUGAAGGUGCAGUGGAUCUGCCCAGCAGGAAACCUGCUUUGCCUAAUGGAAUUGUAUCAGCUGGGAAUACAGUAACACAGCUGAUUCCACGUGGGACAGACCCCAGUUAUGAUUCUAGUCUGAAACCAGGAAAGAUAGAUCAUCUGAGCAGUAGUGCUCCUGGAUCCCCUCCUGACUUGCUGGAAUCUGUCCCUAAGAACAUUUCUGCCUUACCUGUUAAUCCACAUCCUGUACCUCCAAGGGGGCCAACGGAUAUGCCUCCCAUGCCUGUCACUAAACCUCUUCAGAUGGUACCACGAGGUUCUCAGUUAUAUCCAGCACAACAAGCAGAUGUUUAUUAUCAGGAUCCUCGGGGAACUGCACCACCUUUUGAACCAGCACCUUAUCAGCAGGGUAUGUACUAUACUCCACCACCACCAUGUGUGUCCCGCUUUGUCCGACCUCCACCAUCUGCUCCUGAACCUGCUCCUCCCUACUUGGAUCAUUAUCCACCCUACCUCCAAGAACGUGUUGUAAAUUCUCAGUAUGGCACCCAGCCACAACAGUAUCCACCUAUGUACCCACCUCACUAUGAUGGCCGCCGAGUAUACCCUGCUCAGUCUUACACAAGAGAGGAGAUUUUCCGAGAAAGCCCUAUACCCAUUGAGAUUCCACCUGCAGCAGUGCCAUCCUAUGUGCCAGAGUCUAGAGAAAGAUACCACCAGGUGGAGGGUUACUAUCCAGUGGCUCCUCAUCCAACUCAGAUCAGACCUUCAUACCCCAGAGAACCUCCUUAUGGUCGGCUUCCUCCUCCCCAACCCCAUCCUAGUCUGGAUGAACUACAUCGCAGACGAAAGGAGAUAAUGGCCCAACUAGAGGAAAGAAAAGUUAUCUCUCCACCUCCUUUUGCACCAUCACCAACAUUGCCUCCUACAUUCCAUCAGGAGGAAUUUUUGGAUGAAGAAUUGAAGGCAGCUGGGAAAUACAAAGGAAAUGAUUAUAGCCAAUACUCUCCUUGGUCAUGUGAUACCAUCGGCUCCUACAUUGGAACCAAAGAUGCAAAACCCAAAGAUGUUGUGGCAGCAGGGAGUGUGGAAAUGAUGAACGUGGAAAGUAAAGGAAUGAGAGACCAGCGAUUGGAUCUUCAGAGAAGAGCAGUAGAAACCAGUGAUGAUGAUCUCAUCCCUUUUGGAGACCGACCAACAGUCUCUCGGUUUGGUGCCAUCUCUCGAACAUCUAAAACAAUAUAUCAGGGUGCUGGCCCAAUGCAGGGUAUGGCACCUCAGGGAGCACCUACAAAAUCUAUGAACAUUUCAGAUUAUAGCCCAUAUGGAACCCAUGGUGGCUGGGGAGACUCUACAUAUUCACCUCAUCCAAACAUACCUUCUCAGGGACACUUCAGUGAAAGGGAGAGAAUGCCUAUGUCAGAUGUAACAAGUCAUGGAAAACCUCUUCCAUCUAUUGAGCGAGAACAACUUCGGCUAGAAUUACAGCAACUGAACCAUCAAAUAAGCCAACAAACACAGCUACGUGGACUAGAGGCUGUUACCAACAGGCUAGUAUUGCAGAGAGAGGUGAAUACCCUAGCAGGCCAGCCACCACCACCUCCAAAAUGGCCUGGGAUGAUCUCAAGCGAGCAACUGAGUUUGGAACUGCAUCAAGUGGAAAGGGAAAUUGGGAAGAGAACGCGGGAACUAAGUAUGGAGAGCCAAUGUUCUGUGGAUAUGAAAACCAAGUUGAAUACAAGUAAGCAAGCAGAAAAUGGACAGCCAGAACCACAAAACAAAGUCCCAGCAGAGGACCUUUCGUUGUCAUUCAGUGAUAUACCAAAUGGAUCAGCCUUGACACAAGAAAAUAGCAGCCUCCUGUCAAACAAGACCAGCGCUUUGAACCUAUCAGAAGAUCCCGACGGAGGAGGAGAUAACAAUGACUCCCAGAGAUCAGGAGUUACUGCCAGUUCGGCUCCCUAAAAUAUGGAAGUCCUACUUCUAACUUCUGCUCCUAAUCAAUUUGUGGGGCAUAGGGGUAGAAGAAUGGAUAACUUCUGAACUUUUUCUCUGAGUGGUCAACAACAUCCAAGAAAAGCACCAGAGGCAAUGUGCACAAACACCACUACUAAACAAACCCUGCACAUAGUUCACAUUAAUGCAUUUUUUAAUUUAAAGAAAAAAUUAGCAGUAUCUGCAAGCAAUUCAGAUUAAAUUUGUUUUUGUUCUGUGAAUGAACUUUAUUUUAAUAACUUUGGACGCCUUGGAUCCAGGGCUUUAAAAAAGAAGAUAUUAUAUAUACACUCUGUUUGAUUAAUUGUAUGAUCUUAAUGAAGUAGGUUUUUCUUGUACUUUGGUAUUAUUACAUACCCAGUGUAUAAUUCCUUGCUCCCAGUCCUUUCCAGUUUGUACAAUCCCAUAACUAAAACAGACAAGCACCAAUAUUUUGAGGAAUUUUUUGGUGCUUGAGAAAUAGGUGGUAAUAGAUUGGGCUGUUAGAAAAUGUGCAACAAACUACAUUUAUUGGAAUAUUUUUCCUUUGUGAAUCAUUAGCUUCUAUGGGUAGAUAUUUUUUCUUAUGACAUUAAAACUUUGAGGGGGAUAGGGUUUGGGAUUCAACUUUUCAAAGAUAAAUAGACAAUUUUUUUAAGUUACCCAUUUUCACGUUAAGAUUUUUUACAUUUUCUUCAUAUAAUCCAAAAGCCUAUUCAGUGCUUACAUUGUUUAAUUAGAUUUAAAUAAUGAACUCUAAGCUGGGUGUGGUGGCUCACACCUAUAAUCCCAGCCCUCAGGAGGCUGGAACAGAAAUGAAUUUGAGGCCUGUCUGGGUUACAACGUUAAGACCCUUUAUCAGGCAACCCCUGCCACCCACCCACCCCCAAACAAGAAUGAACUUGUUAGCACUUGAAGACACACAGUUUUAUGUAUUGCCUGUGUUGCACUCCAAAUGGUUGGUAAUUUGAAGCUGUGCUUUCCAAACUAAACUUUUACUGAAGUCCUAGAAUGCCCUAAAAAUCAGGACAAUAAACCUGUUUUAAAACUGUAACACUUGAUUUGAACUUAAAAUAAACAGGGACAUACUACUUCAAUGGAUGUUUUUAUUUUACUCUCAAAACAUAAAAGCAUAAAAGGGACUUGCAAGUAAAUACUUCCUGAGUCUUAAGAACAGUUUAUGAAUUGACUACUUGUUACUACCUUGUUAGCCUAACUACGAAUACCUUGAGAGUUUUCAUAGACUUAUUUUUUUGGACUGGCAUUAAAAAAAAAACUUUAUGAAACUGUUGGAAACAUAAGGAACAAUUUUUUUAAUUUAGUUUUGCUGCACAUACUCUAAUGCCACAACUCUAAGCCCUGUAAAGUCAGUUUAGUGGGGAUUGUUUCAUAUAAUCACUCUCCAUUCUUCUGUUUGCGUGAUGUUCAAUUUUCCUUUCUAGAUUAUACUACUAAAUCAGAAAGCACUGGUUAUGUAAUAAGUUACUGCAUUGCUUUGGUUGGGUAAAAGCAAAAGUUUUAUGUUUUUCUUGUUUCUUACAUUCUUAGCCCUUAACUCCUGCUGAGGUCAAAACAACCUCAGUCUAAGCUCUGUCCAUCAUAUUGCUAACUGAAACAAGUGGGGUGGGGGGUGGGAAGGGUAAUAUAGUCCUGCCAUUGCCUACCAGUAGGAGAGUCCAAACAGAACACUCAUUUGAGUAGCAAUUAUUUAAUUUGCCCAGUCAAGGCACCGUGUUUAUAUACUAUUUCACAUUGAAUUUGAUUAUGCCCUACAGACCUGGCUGGUCAAGGAUUUGAUAUACACAUAUUGGCUUGGGAUUCGAGCUUUCUUUUUUAUUUAAAUAAAAAUUUAUAUAUAUUAUAUAUAUAUACAUAUAUACAUAGCUAUAUCUGUAUAUAUAUCGGGUAUGUUUUAAAGAUUUCUUCGCAUGAGCGCAGCUGUUGCGAUAAAACGACUGAUUGGGAGGUAGACGCACUGAGUGAAGGUGAGGCGUUUUUCAGUUGAUGCGUACAUUUCCCUUUUAAUUUUAAAUAUACAUCUGCACAUUUGCUUUUUUGGCUUUUUUUUUUCUUUUUUAGCUAAAAGCCCUCUUACAUUUAUACUUAAUACUUAUUAUUUAUUGGGAGAAGGAAAGAAACUUUUGUUAGGUCUGACAGUAGUUUUUAUUCUCUGCAUGUCUAAUAAAAGGCAACAACAUUAUUUCUAGCCUCCUAUAGGCAGAUUUAAGCAGAUCUCAUUUCUCCUUUGGGCAUGUCAGAUAAUUCUUAAGUUUUAGAAGUUGUUAAUUUUGGAAGUUAGAAUGAUCCUGGUAUUAGAAAAAAAAUCAAGUAUUGGUUUGUUAAAAGUUCAGCAUAAAAAUAAACUUCCACUAUGGUUAUAUGAGGAAACCCCCAAAUAAUUCAUAUUCUGUUGCUCUUAUGUUCUCUCAAUACACUAGUAUCCUUUUAUGUUUUUUCAUGUUGGGCUCAAAAUAUGUCUCUUAAAAUGUAGCCUGAAUUCUGUUUGUCCCUCUCCAAGGACCCAUUAUCUCCAAGCAAUCUGUUUGAGUUACAAAGGCAAACCAGUAUUAUAUCCCAUUGCUCCUAUAAUUUAGCUAUUUUAAAUAUUUUUAAAUGGCCCUUCUGCCAUACCUAGCUUUGAAGGGCAUUUCUCCAUCUUUUAUUUUACUUUUUUUUUUUUUUUAUGAAGAACCAACAAAUGAAAAUGGCUAUUGGGCCAUAACUUCUGGACUAGUGUUUUUGUCGAAAUCUGAAGAGCAUUAAUUUUUACUUUUGCCUUUAGAGACAUAAAUAAAUUAAACCAAUCAGACAGGAUACAAAGCUUUUGUGCCCCUCCCCCCCAGGCAAGAGUCUCACCACAGAACCUUUGCUGGCUUUGAACUUGAGGUCCUCCAGCUUCAGCCUCCCAAAUGCUGGGAUUUUAGGCAUGUGCCACCCAUGCCCAGCAAUUUUUAUGUUUUCCUUUUUUUUUUUUUAAUAAUUUCUUCUGGAGAUGACUAUAUGCUUUUCAUUGAAUUCAAAACCAAGAAUCAUCUCAGAUGAACAUGAAAAAUUCUGGAAGGGUUAAGAUAGGACUAAGGAACACUGUGUUCACACUUGUUUAUAUGACAAAGCCAGGAUUUUGUUGUAGUGAAUAUAAAAGUAUUUUGGCUUAAUUUUAUUUUCACUAAGUCUCUGGAAAGGGGUAGACCUGAGAAUAAGACAUCUAGCCUCAGUUUCCUGUCUUACAUGUUAUUUGCGUAAUUAAUAGUAUAACAAGAUAAGUGUAAUAGCUGCUACCCUGUUCUAGAUAAUUUACAGAGCCUGAUGUGACCAAAGAGCCAUUCCUUAAUACUUUUUAAUUAAUAGGAAGUUGUUGUAUUAUAAGUUUCUAGUAGUAAUAAUUCAAAUGAUAAGACACUAUUUUCACUGUCAAUUACAAAUAUUCAACUACUCAGAAUGUAUAAAAAUUGGUUUGGUACAGUAUUAAUGUAGAUGAUUCCCUUCUCUCAUUUCCCUUCCUUUCUCCUAUUCUUUCCCAUGUAUUUAUUCUUUUGCCUAAAAGGCAGAAAAUUGCUAUAAUUCUCAUUUGCUAUUUUGAGUACAUAAUUCCAUCAGACCUACAAGCUGCAGUGUUGGAGCUUAAAAUUUAAUUCCUAAGUUUUCCCAUGACUGCUUUUUCCCCCACCACCCUUCCUUUUCCAUGCUGCAAUUUCCCCUUGACUUACCCAAUCUGUAACAGUGACAGUUUGCUGCCUCAAAACAGAGCAUUCAGAUGAAUUCGCUUAGCCAAUAACUUCUGUGAAGUUGCCUUUUCUAAUGGUGUUAUUACUCAGUGAUGCACAAAUGUGGUAUUUGCCCUACUGGCAGGCAAGCAAAGGUCUAGUAAAAAUGGUAACCUGCUGUUUUCUUUAAAGGAGAGCCAAAGACUUGUGCUUUACUCUGUUUUGGUUUAAGGGGAAUUGGUAGUCAUUUCGAUAGUAUUUGUUAAGUUGAUUAUAUGGUGUAGAUGUUUAAAGUUAACUGUUAAAGUUAGCUGGCCUUAUAAAAUGUAAAAGUAUGAAAAUCCAUCAGUUUCUCUAAACCAGUCAAUAUCAAUCUAAAUAACACUAUGUUUAAGCAAUUUUCCCCAACCUUUUUGAGUUUAUCUUAUUCUGAUAGUAUCUGCUGUGUUUUUAUGCAUUUCCUACUUGUGCCUAUGGGUCAGUACACUUUCACUAUGGUCAAACCACGGGAGUGGGUAAUGUUCCUGAGCACAUGACUUGUACAUGUUCAAAUUAUGUUUAUAUUCAGAGAAAAAUAGAAGGUUCGUUUCACUAACCAGGCACAUACACAAAUUGUGAUGCAUAAAAGUUUCACCAUGUUUUACACAUUUUGCUCAUUUUGAAGACUCUAGUGAAGAUUAGGUAUAAAAUCUUGUCUCUAAAAGCCAUCUGUAAUGAUUUAUAUCCUAGUAACUUUGUCAGAAAGAAUUAAUAACAUGUCUGCAAAUUAACUCUUGUGUUACUUAGAUUUUUGCCCUAUAAAGAUUUCAAGUGUGUUGACAUUUUGUUGAUAAAUGGUGAUAGUGUUCCAAGAUGAUCUCUUUUUCCCCUGGAAAUAAAAGACAGAGGUCCUAAACUGAAACACAUUUUGCUCUCAGCCAUAGGAACUGAACAGUCUCUUGCCAUCAUUACCUGUGUGCUUGUUUUGUUGGUCCACAUGUAUAUCCCCUUGGACAACUUUGGUUUUAUAUUUAUUUGUUGCUUCAGUCUAGCUUUAUGAAAUUUUCUGCUGAAAGGACUUGCUGAGAAUUGUUGAUGAAUUGAAGCUCAUAUUUUUUUAAAGUUCUUAAUUCAGCUUUUCUGAGCCACUUCAAAAAAGAAUGAUGUUUUUGUCAAAAGGUACUAUUAUAGAAAAUAACAGUGUUUGGAUUUUUAAGAUUUUCUGUGAUUGCUAAAGGUGUUUUUAUAAGUAACAGAUUAUAAUUGAUAAAUAAUGUUAUAUUAAUAAAGAAAAACUACCAACACCAGGAAUAAGAAACACCUUACAACAAUAAAUAUAUUCCCUAUAGGUGGAUUUUUGAUGUUGUACUGAAUAAAUUGGGUAAAGAGCCCUUAGAAAUCCUUUCUGAUAAUAGAACUUACCUUUCCACUGGAGUCCUUAUUUUAAGAAUGUCUGGGUUUUCAGACAAAAACUGAAUUCCCCUACAGUUGCCCCUGAGCAAAACACAUCUGUAGAGAAACCUUUAUUUUUACAAGAAAUAAGGUACAAUGUCUCAAAGUGGUAAACUUAAACCUUAAGACAAUAUUGUUUUCCAAAAAGUUAUAUUUAGAAAAAUGAAAUCCUGUGGAGUUUGUUAUCUUGCUACAUAUUAUAUACUAGAUAUGAUGAUUUAUUUUCAUGUGUAAGUCUCACUGCUUCUGGUUUGUUCUUCGUUUGCUUUGCUUUUAUGCCUUGGCAGGCAGAGCUCACAAGUCUUUGGCUUCCAUGUUAGGUUGUUCUCGGAGUCAUCUUAUAACUGGAAACUGUCAGGUGGUCCCCACCUCAGUGAGUACACAAAGGGUAAAGAACCAGAUGGAAACAAAUAUUGAGUGGAUAACUGGCUUUUUUUUUCUUGCCUGAUUUUUAAAAGAUUAUUAUUUGUAUAACUUCUCCAUUGGUAUUUUCACAAUAUCUGAACCAUCCCAUAAAAUACUCCUCUGACUUAAAGGCAUUUAAGGCUUUUACUGCUGAAUUUUACAUCUCCUGUUCAACUAAGAAACUAUCUUUCUUCCAUAUAUAUGUAUCCUAAAUUUUCAUAAUUACUCCUUAUUCAUCUUUUGUCUUUUUCCCUCCUGGGAGUGAAAGAACAUUUGAAAAAUUAAUUUUAUUCACUGGUCAUGGGCCUCAUUAUAUCUUUCUUUAUGAUAAAUCUAUGGCUUUUUUAACUUUAUGAGGAAUUUAUAACUUUGCCAUCCACAGUGGAAAAAGUGAAUUAAGGUAAUGAAGAAGAACUUUCACCCACUUAAACAUUUUCCAGUUGUGAGAUUCCUCUUCAUGUCUGUGGUCUCUUCCUUGUUGCCCUUUUUCCUGACUAUGUAUGGUCAACUGGUCUUUUGGCUCAUACCAGUCUCCCCGAGACAUUCUGCAGUCAUUAUCACCUUUUUGGGUGGAUUUGUUUUAUUUUGUUCUUUUUUGUUGAAAAAAAAAAACUUUUUAACAUUGAUGCAUAUUUGCUUGGGAUAGAGCUUGUGUAAUUUACCAAUCGUAUUGAUUGUAUGUGAUUGUGCCCUGCGGAGGUAUACUUAACAUGAUAAAGUAAUCUAGGUUAAUAAAGGAGCCCAUGAGAUUUGAGUCAGGUUAGAAGUGACUAUGAAAUCACAGUUGUGGAUAGUGAGAAUUCUUUUGUUCUUAUAAAUCAGUGCCACGUACAAUACCAUUUUUUAAAGGUUUUCUUGCAUUUCUAUUUUUUCCCACUGCCUCAGCGCCCUUUUUUCUCAUCUGUCUCUACCCAUUGGUUUAGAAAGUUAAAAACAUUUAGCCUUAAAAUGGCAGCAGUUUUAUAAAUUGUUGAAUUUUGUGAAAUUUUACUUUUUCCAGAUGUUUCCAAUUUUUAAAAGAAAAGACAAAAUAUAAAUGGGUUGGAAUUUCACAAACUGAAUAAUUCCUUAGCAUCUGGCAAACUGAAGUUUUAUUUGAAGAUUUUAUCUUCUGAAAAUUUUGGGAUAGGAAAAAGAAUCCUGUUUGCAAUGGGAAAGUUCUUCUCUUUUUAAAAUCCUUUUAAUAUUUACAGUUCUUUUGCAGAUGAGGUGGAAGAAAAGAAACAGUAGAUAGAAAUGUGUUUAGGGCAGCAGAACUCUGGGUCAUUAUAAGCACAUGUUCCACUGGUUGCAGAUAUUGGGGAGGAUUGGGGCCAUCUCAAUUUUGUAUUAUUUGUGUGCAUGUUGUUUAUAUUAAUUAAUAAUGCCACAUUUUGUUAAAAUGCAUUUCUCUUGUUACCUUGGAAACUGACUCAGCCUCUUGUUGCUCCAAUUAGGGUUUAAGGCUCAUGUGAGCUGCAGAUAAAAGGAUUCAUUUAACAAGAAGGAGGUGAUUCACCUUUUGGAUUGUAAAUAUAUGAAAGUGUCUACAAGGUCUUUAUCUGCUUUCUGUCAGCAUUUAUAUUAAAUGAUAAAUUAAUGAGGAGGAA